AUGGCGUACAGUCAAGUUUGCCGGGUGCACCCUGUUGUGUUUUUCAGCAUUGUCGACUCAUAUGAGCGAAGAAACGAAGACGCCAGAAGAGUCAUUGGCACAUUACUAGGCACAGUUGACAAAGGAAGCGUUGAAAUAUCAAACUGUUUUGCAGUGCCACACAAUGAGUCUGAGGAUGAGGUUGCUGUUGACAUUGAGUAUGCCAGGAACAUGUAUGACCUUCACAAGAAGGUCAAUCCCUCAGAGGUCAUUGUUGGCUGGUAUUCCACGGGCCCUGAGGUUUCUGAGCACUCGGUGUUAAUCCACGAGUACUACGCCAGGGAGGCUAAGAACCCUGUACAUCUGACAGUAGACACCACAGUAAAGAUCAACAAGAUGGCCAUCAAAGCCUUCAUCAGCUCAUCAAUAGGUGUUCCGGGCAAAACAGUUGGCACAAUGUUCACUCCUUUGCCUGUGGAAGUAGCUUACUUUGAACCAGAAAGAGUUGGAGUGGAUUUAAUACAGUUAGGAAAAUUCAACCCAAAGAGGUCGGUUAACAUGGUGUCAGAUUUGAAACAAGUGGAGACAGCGAGUGGAAAGAUACAGGACAUGUUGAAAGUAGUGCUUCAGUUUGUGGAGGAUGUCCUGAGUGGGAAGAGGCCAGCAGAUAACAUCAUAGGGAGACAGCUAAUGCAGCUGGUGAACACAGUACCACAAAUAGACCCAGAGGAAUUUGAGUCCAUGCUCAACUCAAACAUGAAGGACUUGUUGAUGGUGGUGUAUCUGUCAAAUCUGACGCGGACACAGUUGGCGCUGAAUGAGAAACUAGGACUGUUGUAACCCAAAGACGUACAAUAAACGUUACGCAAAAUCAUGAAUUUGAGGAGGAUUCUCGGUAAAAUAAAACAAAUUUCAUACGUAGACAAGUGUGUUCUUUACUGUGGACUUCAGGUGGUGAAGAAACAGUUGCGUGUUUCAUUUUAUAG